AUGGGCCGCGCGGUGCCCGAGGAGACAGCUGCGGCGCGCGCCACCCGGGCACUGGCUCCGCCCGCCCCGCGGCCGCGACAGGGCCCCGGGGCCUGGCCCGUGGGUGGGGCGCGGGCGGAGCCUCCACCUCUCCACGCCCCGCGGGCGCGCAGGGCUCCGGGCGGGGCUGCGGGGCCGCGGGGCCAGCGGGGCUGUGGUCUUAGCACCACGUCCGGGUGCACGAGCUCAGGCCCCACUGCUGGGUUCACACUGUCGUCGGUUUCGAGGAAGACCCGCCUUUCUCCACAGAGGAGGCCGAGGCCGGGGAGCCCUGGGACGGCAGACAGGAGGGCUGGGGGGCGGGAGAGGGUGUCCACCACACUGGAAGGCCUGGAACCCCCCCUCCCAGAGGUCGAGCUGGUCUAUCUUCCAGGAGGAGGAAGUGUCCCCGCGCUGCCCCGGGCUCUUUUCGGAAACAGAGCGGAGGAACUGGCCGCACGUGCCUGUGACCAUGCUGUCCGCGCAGCACCAAAGGGGGCAACGCCAGCCAUCCAGGUCAAGGCAGCGCUCCAGCGGAAACGCGUGACCCUGACCGGCAGGGCCCUUCCUCUGUCUUCCCCAGCCCAAACGGUAAGAGGAAUGUCAGAGCCAGAGCAAUUUCACAAGGUACAGAGUCUAUGGGCAGGUCCUCCUGUGAUGAUGGAAAAGUUCUGCACAUGUGUCUCCAGUACACACCUGCUGAAUGCAGCCAGUGAGACUAAGGAACUAAACUUUAUAUUUGAUUUAAUGCUGCUUACUCAUCCUGCUCCAUCUUACAGAAAUGCCUUAUUUCUCAAGACCCUCCUACAUUUGAACAAAUGAAUGAAAGAAUGAACAAAUGUUACUAUUAAACCCUGAACAUAACUGACACAGAGCAAUGAAAAUAUUUAUGCUGACAAUAGAAAGCACGUAAUUUCACUAUUUCAGGUCAUUAAAAAUACCCUUGUACAAUA